UACAAUGCAAUCACACAAACAUGUGUUAUAAUACUUGUAUUCAAUGGUAACGUAAUAUACGAUCGAUUGAAUAGUUGUUUAGUUUUGUAUGGUUUGAGCGCCAAAUGAAAACAAUUAUUGUUUUUGUAGUGUUUUUUCCAUUCAAACCAUACAAACCAUGGAUGAGUUGAGUGAUAUCUUUCAGUCAGUUUCAGCUAAUAAACCGUCGGCUCAAAGAGGAAGACCGUCUAAACGCAAGUCAUGUCCGCCACCAGUACUGGCCUUUGCCAGUAAGGCGUCGCGACAGUCGAUAUCGUCGGUGACCAGCGAUGAAGGCGUUGGUCUGUCGAUGGACGACUCAAUAGCACAUUCAGUAAAAAGACGUCAACGAAAUGUGAAGAAAAACUUUGAUUUUGACUACUUCUUUGACUCGACGGUCAAACAAAUUGAAUCCAAAUAUAAAAAUAAAGUCAAAGACGACGCUAUCAUUGAUUUGAAUGCAAUGGAAAUCGUGAGCGACAAGAAAGGAGUAAUCAAUGGAAGUGACAGACGAGAGAUUGGAUUUUUUGCUGACAAUACGUUAGAAAAAUUACGACAAAAAUCUUUUCGCAAAGAAAACAAUAUUCCGGACGAUUCUUCAGUUAAUAGCACUCCUAUCAGAAAGUCUGUACGAAUGACCAAAAAUUCAAUGACUAACCAAACAAUUAGACAAAACUCGAAGUCUAUUGUAGCCAAAAGUAUGACACAAUUGGAUAAACAAUUGAAUAAGCAAUUGACCACAAAUAUUGCCAUUGCAUCGGAUGACGAGUCGGACAUUAGUGACGGUCGUCGGUCUGCCGUUUCUGAAGAGAUGGAUGAUAAUCAUCCGCUAAUGGUUUACGAGAAUCGCAUGUUUUGUAUUGAUAAAGAUAUACAAAUUGAUUGUCUGAAAAAAACCAUUGAAAUGCUCAAAAAUGACAGUAACGGACACUUCAAGACUGCUCUUAAAUUGCAAGUCAUGAAUACACUUAAUCUUACGGCACUUCCCUCCGGACCACAUGUCAUACCAAUUGUUAAAUACAAUAUUAAAGGCGAACCAAAUUUUGAAUUCUUCUUUGGUUCGGCCAAUUUGCCGACUAAUCCAAUGGAUUCACUUCAUGUCGAUCGAGAAAUUAUUGAUUUAUCUAAAGUCAUCUACGAUUGCAUUCAAUUGCCUUAUAAACCAUUUUCCUAUAAAUCAUCGGCAAAACAACAACUUUUCUAUGGAAAUAAAAAACAACUCGAAUUCAGACAUUAA